AAGAUGCAAUUACUUUACUACGAGGUACCAUUUGUGACUUGUUUGUGUUUUCUAGCGUAUACGAGUUAUAGUACACCGGAGAAGCGGGAAACUUAUGACGGAGACUGGUUAUAUUUCGUGGAUGACUACGGACAAAACCUCGUGUUGAAUUUCUCAACAAUAUUUAAAGACACGGAAGAUUUGAUUGUUGGUGAUGCAUAUUUUUAUUUAUACACUAGAAAUAACGAGUUUGAACCAGAGACCCUUCUCGUACCAGAAACCAAUGCACCCAUCGAAAGCAAAUAUUUCAAUAAAUCUAAAGACAUUAGAAUUGUGACCCAUGGAUGGAGAACCGGGGAAAGGGCUGAAUGGUUACAGAACAUAAAAAAAUCUCUUUUAAGAGAAUACGACAUAAAUGUGAUAACAGUAGAUUGGUAUGAGUUAUCAAGAAAUGAGAUUUAUCCUCUUGCCGCCGUCAGUACCAGAUAUGUGGGGCGCAGAGUCGCUAGAUUACUGAGAACACUAAUCCAAACAUACAGUCUAACUGGUCAAAACUUCCAUUUGAUUGGGCACAGUCUAGGAGCACAUGUGAUGGGCUAUGCCGGAAUGUUUUCAAGUCAAAAAAUAUUUCGUAUAACAGGUCUGGACCCAGCGCGGCCUCUUUUCGAAGUGCCAUUAAUGCCGCCAGAUUUUCGUUUGGAUAAGAGUGACGCAGAGUUUGUAGAUAUCAUACACACUUGUGGAGGGGUGUAUGGCUACAGACGAAGUUACGGGGACGCUGACUUUUAUCCCAACAGUGGACUGCCGAUGCAACCAGGAUGUAAUGGCGCUCGACGAGCUGCAGAUGCCUGCAGCCACAGCAGAUCACACGAGUAUUUUGAAGAAUCCAUCGAAUACAGAUCUGAAGAGGGCUUUAUCUCUUAUGCUUGUGAGAGUUGGGAAAAGUUUGAAAAAGACGAUUGCAAGAAUAAUCCAACUACUAGCAUGGGUUACCCUGCGAACCCCAAAAGUAACGGAAAUUAUUAUCUUCGUACUCGAAAUGAGUCCAAAUACGCAUAG